AAAACACAGGACACAAUCACUCAAUAUUAUCAAUAAAAAGUUCGUUUUUAAAGGAUUUUUAUAAGUAUCUUAGGCAUUUUAAUGUAAAUAUGAAUCUGUGGAAAAGAUUGACGUCGAGAGUCUUGUGUUUACUGUAGUUUUUGUAACAUUUUGGUAAUCAAGAAGAUCAUGUGCACAGUAAUGUACAUAAUUAUUUUAAUCUUAAUCACUUUUUUUGCUCUACUGGCAAGGAUUCUAUACAUAAUUUCCAAAAAUGGAGAACCCGCAAUGAGAAAACGUGAAAAACCUGUUAAAACGAUAAUCGUACUGGGUUCCGGUGGACAUACCACCGAAAUUUUGCGUAUCGUCAAGCACUUGAAUUUCGAUCUCUACUCGCCAAGAAUUUACAUUCACGCUCGAACUGAUAAUCUCAGCCGAGAAAAAGUCAAGGAACUCGAGUUCGAUAACAAAGACUAUAAAAUCAUUUCCAUUUCUCGUAGUCGAGAAGUUCGACAAUCUUAUUUUUCUGCAAUCCGGAGCACAAUUAGCGCCACGCUAAAUUGUCUUCCAAUCGCAUGGACUGAAAAUCCAGAUCUGAUUUUAUGCAAUGGGAAUAUUUCUGCUGAAUGGGUUGAAAACUCAUUGCUGAGAUUAGAAGCCUGUCUAGAUCGAACUUGGGAAAUGCUCAACUCAGGCUAUUGGAAGGACGUUCCAAUUCAAUAUCGAUAUUCAUAUACACUUUGCAGUAUUCUCAAGUCAGUAUUUUUAGAAAUUCAAAAUGAAACUAAUAUUGAACACUCAUCAACUACAUCAAAGAUGUUGGUAGAAACUAUAAAACAAAUCGACAAGGGAAUUUUAUUGGGAGCUCCUCUUCAAAGUUCUCCAGAUUUACUUACAACAAUCGCCUCGCGAUUGAAUAGUCAUUUUUUAAAAAGUACAUUGCAAGAUGAUGUCAGUAAAUUGAUAGAAAUUGAUGAAACAGAUAUUUGCACGGAAUUAUUUCCUGAAUUUUUAUCGGUGCCUCAUUAUGAAGAACCAUCAAUGGAAACAUUCUACAGAGAUAUUUUCAAACCGAAAGUUCCGGCGUUAAUUCAAGGUUGUAUGAAUCAUUGGAAGGCCCUGAAAUUAUGGAAAAAUACUGAAUAUCUGAAAAGAGUCGCUGGAAUGCGAACAGUACCGAUAGAAAUGGGUUCUCGUUAUACGGAAGAAGAUUGGGCUCAAAAACUACUAACUUUUUCUGAAUUUCUCAAAACACACAUAUCUUCGAAAUGUGCUGAAAUUGGAUACUUGGCUCAACAUCAACUUUUCCAGCAGAUACCCGAAUUGAAAGAAGACUUUUCAGUGCCAGAUUUUUGUUCUUUUUCUGAUGAAGAAAAUGGCGAGAGUUUGCCUGAUAUCAAUGCCUGGUUUGGUCCCGGAGGAACUGUUUCUCCUCUGCAUUACGAUCCAAAAAAUAAUUUACUAUGCCAGGUCUUUGGAUAUAAACGAAUAAUACUCUACAAUCCAGAAGACAGUGAAAAUUUAUAUCCCUUUGAAACGAGAAUGUUAUGCAACACGGCUCAAGUGGAUCCGUAUCAUCCAGAUUAUGAAAAGUGGCCUAAUUUUCGAAAAACGAAAGGCUUAAUGUGCUAUUUGAAACCGGGAGAAAUGUUGUUUAUUCCACCUCGAUGGUGGCAUCACGUAGUCGGUCUUUCUCCCAGUUUUUCCAUCAGUUUUUGGUGGGAUUGAUCCAAAAAAUUAUUUAUUAAAUAAAU